GGUUCUAAAUCCAAACAGAAAUAAUGAUGCGCUUCCUUCUCUGCGCAUCCUGUUUGAUCCUGGUCGGCUGCUCGUCGGCCUUGCCGCUGUCAACGAGCUCCCGGUGGAUCGUCGACGAGGCCGGCCGGAGAGUGAAGCUGUCUUGCAUCAACUGGGUCUCCCACCUGGAGCCCGCAGUGGCGGAGGGCAUGGGGAAGCAGCCACUCGAUGCCAUUUCUAAGAGGGUGGCCGCCUCGGGCUUCAACUGCGUCAGGCUCACUUGGCCGCUCUUCUUGGUCACCAACGACACCUUGGGCAAGCUCACCGUCCGUCAGUCACUCCAGGCGCUUGGCCUCGCCGAGUCCGUCGCCGCCGUCCAAGUGAACAACCCGGAUCUUGUGGAUCUCUCCCUCAUCCAGGCAUUCCAGGCAGUGGUGUCCAACCUCGGCGAUAACAAUAUCAUGGUGAUUCUGGACAAUCACAUAAGCAAACCUGGGUGGUGUUGCAGCAACUUCGAUGGCAAUGGCUUCUUCGGUGACAAAUACUUCAACCCUGAUGUGUGGAUCAGUGGGCUGACGAAAAUGGCUACUUUGUUCAAGAACUCAACCAACGUGGUCGGCAUGAGCCUCAGAAAUGAGCUGAGAGGGCCAAGACAGAACGUUGCCGACUGGUACAGGUACAUGCAAAAUGGUGCCGAGGCAGUGCACUCGGCGAACCCAGAUGUUCUUGUCAUACUUUCAGGUCUGAGCUUUGACAACGACUUGAGCCAUUUAGCAAAGAAGCAAGUCGAGUUGAGCUUCAAGGGAAAGCUGAUCUUCGAGGUGCACUGGUACGCCUUCUCGGACGGCCAGGCUUGGGCUAAUGGCAACCCGAACCGAGUGUGUGGGUCAGUGGCGGCGAGUGUGAUGCGAAGAGCCGGCUUCUUGCUCGAGCAAGGGUGGCCAUUGUUCCUGAGUGAGUUUGGUCUGGACCAAAGAGGCACGAAUACAAACGACAACCGAUACCUCGGCUGCAUGAUGAGCGUUGCAGCUGAGCUCGACUUGGACUGGGCGUUUUGGACCUUACAAGGAAGCUACUACAUCAGGCAGGGUGUCCUUGGCCUAGAUGAGACUUAUGGGAUGCUGGCCUGGGACUGGUGCAGGACCAGGAACACAUACAUGUUGGAAAGAAUCCAAGCGAUUCAAUCUCCCUUCCGAGGGCCAGGUCUCUCAGACGUUUCUCCAUAUACCAUACUCUUCCAUCCGGCAACAGGGCUCUGUGUUCUGAGAAAAUCCACUCUGUUUCAGCCACUUGAGUUAGGGCCAUGCACAGAGUCAGAAGCUUGGAGCUACACGGAGCAGCAGACCCUGGCCUUGAAGGAUAAACUCCUAUGUCUCAAGGCUGAUGGCAUUGGGAAGCCAGCCACACUCGGAAUCAUAUGCAGCGACUCGCAGUCGAAAUGGGAGUUCGUAUCAGACUCGAAGAUGCACAUUUCAUCCAAGAAGGUGAGUGAGAAUACGAGCCUGUGCUUGGAUGUCGAGCCUGAGAGCAACAGGAUUGUCACGAAUCCUUGCAAAUGCUUGAGCCAAGAGGACAAGUGCGACCCUGAGAGCCAGUGGUUCAAGAUGAUCGAAAGCACGAGGAAGAGCGCAAGCAAGAGCUCACUGCAGCAAUUGCCUUCUCCACUUGGCGUGUGGGGACUCUUUGAACAUCUAUUUUUUUGAUGUUUUUGAAUUACUCUAAUUCUAAUGAAAUUGUUGUUAAUUAGUUGACCUUUAUUGCAGAAAUAUAUCUUAAA